AUGCUAUGCGUCAAGGGACUUGACGGGCAUGUAGGACUCUACUUUCUGAAGAAGAGAGGCGCGCAUCCUUGGGACCAAGAGUACUGGUUCUGGUAUGACAGCGAAGAUGGUGCACCCGACUACAUCAUCAAACUUGCUCCGAACGGCCCUUUUGGACGCAAGUCUUCAAAGAGGCCUUCACCCUCAAGCUCUCAGCAGUCGCUUCAGGAUGACCUUACCCUCACCCUCCCUCUGCCUACACCGGAUGCUGGUCAGCUGGUGACAGCUCUCGUAUCCUCUGCUAUGCCCAUCACAGCAGCAUCUCAGCAGCCCACCACCAUUGUCACAUCGGCCACGCUUCCCCCAUCAUUGCCCCAUGUGGCAGCAGCGUCAACUGCAGACCGCUGUGGUCCUCCUCGCCAGCUGUGUCAAGAAGAUGACUGCCCUCAGAUGAAGAACACGCGUUGUCCCAAACACCGGUGCAGGACCCAUUGCAUUGACGACGGAGGCUGUCGGGUUCAUAGGCCUCAGGAUGCGGGUCAGCGUCAGCGCCUCAAGGCUCGAGCGAUAGGCCUGUCAAUGUCAGCACCAGUUGCCAGUAUUGCUAGUGCCGGUACUCCAUCUGCAUCAACCUCUGUCACGCCAACCCCUCCAUCUGCCGCUCCUGCCUCACUAGAAGACGACUCAUGGUUUGCUGAUGCGGAUCUCUCAUGGCUAGACAAUAUAGAUCCCUCUCUCACGCCAGCACCAUAUUCAUCCUCGCUCCCUCAGACUACGCCGACACUCCUCGCUUCCCAGCCACCUCUUCUUGUUCCUUCUUUACAGCCGUCAUUACCAGCUUCACAGCGGCCUGCUUCGUUCAAAAACCCUCAUGUGGUCGUUGCUGAGGCAUCAAAGCUCAAGAAGACGGUACAGCUUAAUGACGACUGGCAAGACAAGUUCGACAACGACGCUUGGUUGCAGGUCCAGCAGAGGGAGGUUGAGAAGGUGUUGUUGGAGCGCGAUGAGUCGAGAGAUCAGGUUAUUGAGGUUAAUGUGUGGGUUAAGAAUGGUCAGGACGCUGUUGAAGUAACGUUACAAGGAUCAAGCUCAGGACCAAACAGCAAUGCAGCAAUCCCGUACUGGCCCUCAUUCGACCUCGCACAGUCCUCCAUGCGUAUUCCCAACCUCCCUAACAUCACAAGUGACGACGUUGUUGAGUACUAUUGCCCUGCCGAUAACCGAUGGAAAGGGUGCAGUGCACACUUUGCAUUCACGGUGAGGAAUGGCGACAUCUUUCUAUUCCGCUUGUUCGGCACCACAGACUGCCCAGGUUUUGAAGAACGCAAGAACCGGAUCUUCGCUGCUGCAACAACUGUGCAGACUGCCCUCUCUACCGAGCGGAAGAAGGCUCGGGAGAAACUCAAGAGCAGCAAGCGUGCCCGUCAGCUUACUCCACCACUUGCAUCCUCUCAGUUUUCGACUUCCUCUCUAUCCUCUUGCUCCUUAGUGGAUGCCACCCCAUCUACGGACCCUCGGCGCCCAUCUAAGCGCAAAAAGGACACCAACACCUGCUCUUCUAUGGGUGCCCCUUCACCAGCUCAGCGUUCGCAUCACCCACACAGUCAAAACCUCUCUCAGCCCACCCCCGAGCCCAUCUCUGAGUUUCCCGCGUCAUGCUCCAUGUCACCACUAGCUGUUGACGGGGGAGACAAGGCUACAACUGCGUGUACCUCACUUCUGGCAAACCAUAUCGUUGGCGACGAACCAGCUCGUGAAUACGGCUUUCCCAUGUUUCCUCGCGCGUCCCACGUUACAUCAAAGAAAUCAUGGCCUUCUGGCUGGUAUACCGACGACAUACGGGCUGGCCUUGAUCUAUUCGAGUCCAAGAAGCUUGCUCGUGUCAAGCAGGGUGAGCGCUUUCAGAUGAUUUUUGGUGCGGGUGUGCGGUAUGUACGCGAGACGGUCAGGGACCAGAACGCUCGCUGGAAUCGGCUCAGAGAGCGCACGGACUUGUACACGAAAUUCGUAGGCCAUUGCCUGAUGAGCUGCCUUUCCGCACGUUCGGCUUGUGGUAGGAGUGACAACGAUAGAGUCAACACAGUUGACAACCGCACAGAGAUGACCCUUCUCUUCCUCAUGCUUCGGACAGAAGUGGUUGCGAGACUUGAGGAGAGGGAUAAUGCAUCGGAACUCCUUGCAGGCAGGGUGCCCAAUCGUCAGGCCGUCGCUGACAAUAGGCUGGCAUUUUCCUAUUGGAAGAUAUGUCAGGGUAACAUGCCUCAAUAA